AUGGGCAGAGGGACCGACUGGCCAGAGGUCAUGGGCUCCGAGACUGGGUUCUGUGACGGACCUGGAUUAGCAAGGGCCCAGGGCCCCUGCCAGUGCCCAGCCCCGCUGGGAGCCCCGGCCAGCACCACGGACGGCGCCCAGGAAGCCCGAGUGCCCCUGGACGGGGCCUUCUGGAUUCCCCGGCCCCCGGCGGGUUCGCCCAAGGGCUGCUUCGCCUGCGUGUCCAAGCCCCCUGCCCUGCAGGCGCCGGCGGCCCCGGCCCCCGAGCCCUCGGCCUCGCCCCCCAUGGCGCCCACCCUGUUCCCCAUGGAGGCCAAGAGUGGCAAGACGGACAGCGUGCGGGCCGCCGGCGCCCCCCAGGUCUGCAAGCACCUUGCGGAGAAGAAGACCAUGACGAACCCCACGGCGGUCAUCGAGGUCUACCCGGACACGGGCGAGGUGAACGACUACUACCUGUGGUCCAUCUUCAACUUCGUCUACCUCAACUUCUGCUGCCUGGGCUUCAUCGCCCUGGCCUACUCCCUCAAAGUCCGGGACAAGAAGCUGCUCAACGACCUGAACGGAGCCGUGGAAGAUGCCAAGACCGCCAGGCUCUUCAACAUCACCAGCUCCGCCCUGGCCGCCUCCUGCAUCAUCCUGGUCUUCAUCUUCCUGCGGUACCCACUCACCGACUACUGAGGCCCCGCCGCGCAGACGGG